UAUCAUUACGGGAAGAAAUGGAGGGUGACAGCAGAGAGGAGUCUAAAGAAGCAGAAAGAUUUAACACAAGAGAUGAUAUGUUCAUCCGAGAAGCGAUUGACGAGAUUGAAGAACUCAGCCGAGACGACCAAUCAAAUAACGCAGAAUAUCGCAUCGACAUUGAAGACUUGAGCGCCUUGCAGUCUAACAAAUCGGGUUCAUUAAAAAGUGUUCAGAAAUAAGCUAUCCAGCCUCAGGAUGAGUAAGAAGUUUAGCAAAGAUACAGAAUUGGAGAAAUAAUACCCAAAGUUUGCUAGAUUCCCUUGGAUUGGGCCAUCAUUAUUUCUCUUCAAAAUCAAGUAUGAUGUCCUCAAAUUCUGGCAAUUCAUUGACCAGAAGAAGGAAUCGUGGGUUGAAGAAGAAGGAUACUAGCUUGAUAGUUCCAACUGCUUCUGAAGAUAAUGUUAUGAGGAAAAACAAAUUUGCCUUAACUCACCGAAGCAAGAAUUCCAGCAUUUCAAAUUUUGAAACGGUUAGGUUCAGACCUAACCAAGAAGGAAGCAAAGAAAGUAAAAGAUCUAGUCUCUGAGUCAUACAAGAAGCAUCCAAGAUUAGGAAAAUGUUCAGUAGGAGAUUUGGAGACUCACCACAGAAAUCACUGAAGAAGAGACCUCGAGCUCAGUCACCUGUAAAACUUGCAAUCCCGGGGAUGAAUAUUGCUUCGCCCGAUAAGGACUUUACUUUACCGAUGAAAUAAAACCUCAAAGCUGCUUAGGAUUGGUACGAUCAUGAAUAAGACCAAGGUGGAAGCAUCUAUGUCGUCUCUCAGUAGGAGAUCUUCCUUGAGUGAUUGCUCCUCCCAAGUUUCAGGUGCUGAAAAUGAUACUAAGAUGCAGUCAAAACCUGUUGAAAGUUUCAUGAAGACUUUUAGAAAUGAAGAAAAGAAAGAGAAGAGCUUACAAGCUCUCAGCAAAGUUAUUCCAAGACUUCAGUCUCGGCGGCUGAAGAAGACCACCUUUAACACAGUCUCUAGUGGGAAUAACGCUGUGAAGAAAAUCAUCAAUAAGGAGGGAGAUAAUAUCUUUAAGGAAAAAUUGAAAUUUCUGAAUACGAAAAAUUGUUACCAGACAGCUUCAAAAUAUUUCAACUUAGCUUAUAGAAAUGUGACAUUUUACCACUUCCAUGAUGAUACUUUUGCUCAGAAAGCUUAUUUUCUUACGACAAGUCCAUUUGUGAGAGGUAUAAAAGUAUUCUUGUGCUGGUUCUAUAUGUUCCUGACAUUCUUUGAGCCAAAUAAUUCUACAGAUACAUCAAUUGCUCGGGGAAGUAUCCAAUUCAACUGAAUCUUAGCCUGCGAGAUCAUCAUUCUUCUGUACUUUCUGAUCGAUAUGAUUUUGAGAAUACAAUUUACAGUAAUAGCAGGUCAAAGGAUAGGCUUUCGCAAGGUAUUCACUGAAGAAAUGUUCGUCAUAAAUCUCAUCUGAGAAUGAAUGAUGAUAGUAGAUGCUGUGCUGUUUUAUUCCCUAUAUCCAAACAAGUAUUUCAGAUUUGGAAGAAUAUUCAGAGCAAUAAAGGCAGUUUUGGAGUCAAGAGAAGUAUAUAGAACUACUGUUUCUGCCUUAAACUGAUACCCACAGAUAAUCGACCUUGGGUGCCUGAUAUCCUUAAUUUCAUUCCUGUAUGCAGUCUUUGGACAAAGAUUUCUUGAUCAUAAGAUUUCUGGAAUAACUAGAGAAAGUAAUUUUUCAAAUUUGUUUGAAGGAACUCAGAACAUUUAUUUCCUUGCUACAUUGUCAAACUACCCAUCUGUCCUAAUCCCAUACGUCAAGGACUCGAAUAUGAGCUUGAUAUUCUUUUAUCCGUUCCUAGUACUGACUGUAUUGAUCAUUCUUCCUCUGCCAGUAGCGAUUGUGUUCGAGGCCUUCAAGAUCAACAGAGGUAAAGUCCUUCUGAAAGACAGGUUACAUGAAAAAGAAGGUCUCUUAAUGUGCUUUAUGUGCAUCGACGUACAAAGGAAAGGCUAUAUCAGCCUUGAGCAAUGGGAAGCCUUCUUUAAUGUGGUCUAUGGAGGUAGGCAAGAUCAUAAAUAAGGUCAGAAGAGUCUUUGAGUCUCUUGAUACUCGUGACAUCGGCUAUAUGAACUUAGAGAAAUUUUUCCAAGGCUGAGAACUGAUAAAAUCUAUGUCCAACCUUGCUUCAACCCCUGUAAGGUUCCAAGCUUUAGAGAAAGCCAGGCUUUGACUCAUUAAGUACACUUUUCUAGACAAAAUAGUGAAAUCAAAGUGGUUUGACAUCGUAAUGUUCAUAGUGAUAAUCCUCAAUAUGGUGCUCCUCCUACUCCAGCUUUGUCCCUUUUCAGGUGAAGUUUUAGAGAUAUUCGACCUGAUUGACGACAUCUUUGUGUACAUCUUCUGAGCAGAAGCUGUGGUAAAGAUCACUGGCCUUGGAGUCAGUGAAUAUUUUAAUGACAAUUGGAACAGACUCGAUUUUGUCAUGGUAAUUCUAUCACUAAUCCUGAGUGUAACAAUGUCAGUCAUCAGGAUUUCAAAGAACUUAGUAUCAUCCAGAGGAAUCAAGUUUCUCAGAUUCAGUAAAAAUCAAAGAUGUCUCAAGUUAGUGAAAUGGAUGAAGAAAUCAAAAACAAUGUUUUGGCUUUUUGCUACCCUAGAUACCUUAUCAAGAAGCAAGGCUAUCAUCAUUAAAGCAGUAUUGUGUCUGUCAAGUUUCAGAAGAAUCACAUCUGUAAUGUUGAUAGUGUUCUAUAUUUAUGCAGUUAUUGGAACAGAACUUCUAAAGUACUCUGAAAGCGAAUAUGAAAAACUUAAAAUUGAAAAUGAAGAUGUCUCCUAUUAUGAAGGAAGCAUAUACGGAAAUUUUCAAACUUUCGAAGACUCGAUAUUUGCUCUGUUUCAAAUCCUGACAGAAUCUUCAUGGCAUAUGAUUGUACUGUACCAAGAGAUAUUUCAUGGAUUUACUUUGCCUUGAAUCUUCCUUCUCCCAUUUCACCUUUUUAUUACUUUCAUUCUGAGAUCUAUUCUACUCGGACUCACAUGGGAAGUCUUUGCAAUUGUCAAUGAGGAAGAAGAUUAUCUCAUGAAAUCAAUCAAAAUUGAUAAAGAUUUUAAAAUAGAUUUAGAAGAUAAUGAAUUUCCUAAUGAAAAAAUAACGAUGGCAGAGAGGUUAAUCCAAUCUAGUAAAAUUUCUCAGACAAAUCUAACAACGCUAAUGAGUUCCACAAUUGAAAAGAAAAGACAUAUCUCUGAUUUCGAUAAAUUAUACAAGAGCAUUUUUGAAUCAAGCAAUGACGAUUUCAAAAGUCUACACAGAUUUAUUAAAAGAAACAUCAUGAAUACUUGCUUGAGGCCAGAAGAUUUUAAAGAAGUUACAAAGCUGGACAAACUCAGACCUAACAAACCUGCUCGAGAUGACUUUAGCUUAGAUUCGCCAUAUUUUAAUACUCAUAGAAGGGAUAUUACUGGUAAACUUUUCCAAAUUAAGCGGGAAUCCAGUGGUAACAGCACUCAUUCCUGUGCUUCCUUCAGGAAAACACCUAAAGUGAUCACCUUCGACACCAGAAUUACUCUACUUGGCCACGAAUUCGAGAGUGACAACUCUUCUAACUGCAGCUUUAGUGAGAGCAGCCAUCAAAAUGAUGAGCGAUUUGGGUUCUAUGAUGAAGAGAACCUCCAAGGUCUUGAACAAGAGAAGAAAAAAGAGGAUACCAAAGAAAGCGAGAUAUUCAACAGCUAUUUAAAAAGAGAUGGAAAGAAAUAAAAUGUAUCUUAGAAGAGUCAGCUCAAUGUACCUAGCUGAAGAAGUUAUGAAAGCAUUCAAAGAUGAUGAAGAACAAGAGAACAUCGAGCUUAACGGUGAUUACAUCCUUAAAAGAGCCUUGCUUAAGGAUCAUGAUGUGCAAGCUCUUAGGACUAAAGAAAUGCAGCAUGUCUUAACUCAUUGCUGUAGAGUCCACCUUGGAAGAGAUGAGGAUGGCAAGAAGAUUAUUCAAGUCUACAGAAAGCCAGAGGUAAAGGAAGUCACAGAAGAAGAGAUCAACUCUAUUGUUAUAAAUUUUAUGAGGACCCUAAGAAUCAGCAAAUCUCCUAAAGCUGUACUUGAUGCUGUUGAUAGUAUCCAGCAGAAGAUAGAAAAGAUAUGCCCAUUUGGCUCAAUGAUUAAGAUAUUCUACCAGUAUAAGAAUAAUGACACUUGGAUAAUCCCUCAUCGAGAAGAAGUAGAAACUGGCGUUGUAAAAGUCGAAAAUUUUAUGAAAUUUUUCAAUAUAGCAACUCAAGGAGUUAGACCUAUUCUUAUCCAAGAUGUCUUCACUACAAAUUAUCAAAAAGAGGUCCCUUGAUUCAUCAGGAUCAAUGGUAAAAAGAUAAAAGGGAGUGAUAAUUUAUCAGAAAUCUGGUAUGAUGCUAUGAACAUGCUUUCAUUCUCAACUGGAUCUAAUCUUGAUAAGCUGCCUCCAGAACUUUACGAAUGGAGUCUAUUCGCCAUUCCAUUAAAAUCAAUAUCGAAGGAUCUGAUGAACAAGAACCAGUUCGAUAUGACUCAUGAUAAGAAUGAUCAAAACCUAGAGCUGUCUAUUUCCUCUAUUGAUAGUUUUGACGAAGAGAAGCAGAUGGACAUCAAAUCAGCAAUGAUCUUACUUUUCCUCUGCAAAAAGCGUAAGCGUAGCAAGCAGAAGAAGUACCUCGAUAUGGCAACAGGGAAAUACAAGUUUUCCUUCCAAUGGAGAGAGACUGAGAUAGAUAAAAGAAUUAAGACUGAAACUCUGAUAAAACUACUUCAUGAUAUCAGAGAUAUUUUCAACUCGCAUAAUGACAAAGUUUAUUACCAUAUGAAUGACUUUAUACAGUUCAAUGAGCUCUCCCACUUCUUUGCACAGAGAAUGGAGAAUCCCAAGAUUAAGAGGCUUAUGAGCGUGUAGAUAGAAGUAAAAUAGGAUAGUCUUCUGAAGGCAAAGGAAGGGUAAGAUGCAAAACUGAAUGUACUAGAGAUUUAUGAUUGGUAAAAUUGAUAAAUUGCCAAAAAUCCUAAAACCU